AUGUGUGCUCUGGAGAGUUAUAUUGAAGAGAACUUUUUUAUGUACUCCAUGUCCAAAGGCAAUCAUUCAGCAGUGUCUGAGUUUAUCCUAUUGGGGCUCACAGAAAAUGCAGAGCUUGAAGCCAUUCUCUUUGGUGUAUUCCUAGUAGUUUACUUAGCCAGUGUCAUGGGUAAUCUUGGACUGAUUAUGCUAAUCCAAGUCAUCAGUCCUCAGCUUCACACACCCAUGUAUUUUUUCCUCAGCCACCUGGCUUUUGUUGAUUUUUCUUUUACUUCCUCUGUCACCCCAAACACGUUGGUAAAUUUUUUUCGUGAAGUUAAAAGUGUAGCAUUUUAUGCAUGUGCCAUUCAGUUAUGCUGCUUCAUCACAUUUGCAGUUUGUGAAUUUUAUUUGCUCUCAGUUAUGGCAUAUGAUAGAUAUGUCGCUAUCUGCAACCCUUUACUUUACGUCAUUCUAAUGCCCAGGAAAGUCUGUAUUCGAAUGAUUGCUAGCACAUACGUUUACGGAUUCACUGUGGGUCUCGUACAGACAGCGGCGACAUUCCACUUGUCUUUUUGUAACUCCAACGUGGUCAACCACUUCUACUGUGACGAUGUUCCUUUACUUGAGCUGGCCUGUUCUGACACUCACGUCAAAGAGCUGAUGCUGGUAAUCAUCGCUGGGUUCAAUACUCUUUGCUCUCUAGUGAUUGUGCUAAUUUCUUAUGUCUUCAUCUUCUUUGCCAUCCUGAGGAUUCAUUCUGCUGAAGGAAGACAGAAAGCGUUUUCUACCUGUGCUUCCCACCUGACCUCCAUCACAAUAUUUUAUGGAACAGUCAUUUUUAUGUACCUGCAGCCCAAGUCAAGCCAUUCUCUGAAUUUAGAUAAAUUUGCUUCGGUGUUUUAUGUGGUGGUGAUUCCCAUGUUAAAUCCAAUGAUCUACAGCUUGAGAAAUCAGGAGGUAAAAAAUGCACUAAAGAGAAUUAUAGAAAAGUUGUGCUUGGUUAUCAAAUAA